AUGACCGAGGAGGAAAAAAACAUCCUGGAAUUGAAAAAUCACAAGAACAGAGAGAAGGCACCAUCCAUGGUAUUUGCUGAUUAUGAAAAUAUUAGAGAUCCGAAGGAGCCGCCGCACCACGUACCAAAGGCAGGACUACCCCUUUAUGAUAUCUUGAAGUCAACAAUACAAGCGGUGGAAGUCAAACUCUCCUUGAAAAUUGAAGAAAUUAAUCACCGACUCCAUCAAGCAGAAAAAGAAAACGAAGAACUGAAGAGUAAAGUAGAAAUACUCGAAAGGAAUCAGAGGAAGAAUAAUAUUAUUAUUUUUGGUUUCGAAAGAGAAGAACGCUUUAUAUCAGUCGAAAGCAUAAUCGAUCUGAUUCAAAAACUUCUGAAUGUCAGACUGGUGGAAAGUGAUCUCAAUAAUAUAUAUUCUUUGGGUCAAACUAAUAAUAGUCCAAUAAAAAUCGAGUUCACAUCAUACCUGAAGAAAAUCACAGUCCUCAAGGGAACCAAGAACCUGAAAGGAACAUCAAUAAGUAUCGCUCACGAUUUGACUGAGCUACAGAGAACUGAAAAUAAAAUUCUACGAAAGCACUUAUACGCUGCGAAACAAGACAAAAAUAAUACUUGCUUCAUGAAAAAUAACAAACUCCACUUGAAUGAUCGCAUCUUUACACCUAGUGACCUAGAGAGCUUGGAAGAAAAAAUUGAGGUCAACUUCCAAUCCCAAUCUCAUAGCGACCCGGGCACACCCACCAUUGAACUCACGCUACAAAAUACUAUAAAAGAACCUACAGAACCAUCACAAGUCGAUAACAAGAAGAUAACUGACAGUAGAGGGAAUCUAGGUAUUCAGGUUACUCCAAAAACUGGCGCGAUAAAAAAACCCGCCAGGGAUAUACCUCGGGACAAACCUAUUACCCGAAAAAAUUCUAAUAAGUGA